GGACCUUGCUUAAGUCAAGGGUAUCGCCGCGUUUCGCCGCACCCACCUCCCACCACCUUCAAAAGCGUUGCCAUAACCGCGGUGAUGGACUUCCUUGGUUUCAUUUGAAAUUCGAGAUGGCAUUUCAGGGUACAAUUACCUCUCUUCCCCCAGAGGUCCCCAAGCCACGCCUCGUUUUUCUGCAUCGUGGAACUUCGCCCUACCCCCUUUAAACAAGAGCAUAUUACAAGUGUUGAUGCCGUCUACCUUCUCGAACCAUGGAGCCAUCCAGAGAAAUACAAAGGAACCACCCUACUUGCGACCUCUUUCCCGAUUUUCCUAAUCCGGCUUUUGCAUCACUGGCAACCAACAGUCAGCAAGACAGCUCGGCACUCCUGCCGGAGAACACUAUUUACAAACAAGCCUCUAUUAAGAAGAGGCGCCGCUCCUUGGACAGCUCAUCGGAUUCUCUGCAGUCCAAGCGCCGCCGUGGUCGACCGAAGAACGCCAAAGGACCAGAUCGAACCGGCAACGACUUCGUCCAGAUACUCCCUCGUGACGAAGCCAAGGAGGACGGUGUAAUUCAGCAAGCAGUUCAACAUAUUGAUAUUUUUUCGCCAUCAGACGCGUCAACCCUGUUCCCUUCUUAUACCACCGACAAUCCCGCACACGACAUGUCUAUGAACCAACAACUUGCUGCCAUGGCGGGACAGGACGGCUUGCUUGACAACCACAUUCACGACCAGCAGUUCUUUGGCGAGUUUAGCGAUCUCAUGGAUAUGACGGGCGAGUCCUGGGACGAGUCCUGGAGCGAUUACACCAUGCUCUCUCCUCCGCAGGAGCCCGUGCAAACUUCUUUGAAGCGACAGAACAAGCAGGCAGACCCGCGCGUCACUUCGAUCAUUAAUCCCGAAAAGGAAGUGGUCACACAUGCGAGCUUUCUUGCCAAUUACAACAACAUCGUCACGCUCGACAACGUGUUUUUCUCACUACGCCAUGAUUACUCGAUUAUGUGGGAGGACACGCUUAAGCUAUUCGGCUUCGAGCCCGCGCGGGGAAAGACAGUGAGGCCCCUGAACCCUCAAGGUGGCGUCUUCAACCCCAUCGGCGAAUCCUGCAUCUACAUGUGGUUCGGUCACCAAAGGCCUUCUCAAGACCGCCCUGUUCUUGUCGAUUUCUUGGUCCUCCCCGGCUCCCCGGACAAAGCUGGCGUUAUAUUUAUUUUGGGGAAGUCUGAUAUUCGUAAGAUUUUCGGAUCAGACUGGACACCAGAGCGGCACAUUGCGAUGAUGGAACCGACUGCACGUCACGACAGUACGUUGGACACAGCUCUGGGCAUCCAGUAACUUUCAAUACGUUGCGACAAUGCCUGUCCAGAGUCUUCGAUCACGCAAACCUUCGAUGUUCAAUACCGCCUUUAUCCCCAACCUAGUCCAUUUCAACCAAACUCUCAUCUUCUCUGUCACUUUCGACUUACUCUUUCAGUCAAGUCGUCCUCCACUCUUUUAAGCUCUUUUUACGACCUUUACGUCAUCUUACUUGCUGCUGUCGCCUGGUUGUCGUUGUCGUUACUCUCGCUUGGCCCUCGCAACAACGUGCAUGUUGAAAGACAUCGGCUGGUCAUAACAUGAACUGCG